CAAUCACAACCAAAUUUCAUACCACAAGAGCAACAACAAUCAUCCUAACAGAGUGAAAGCCUUUCUCUGGAAUCCUUCACCAAAGCCUUUUUGCACAUUGGGACUUUAUAUGAUAGCAGUCAUGAGAUUCAAAAAAGGAAGUAAAGUUGAAGUAUUAAGCAAAAAAUCAGUGCCAUCAGGGUCGUGGCACCAUGCUGAGAUAAUCUGCGGCAAUGGUCAUUACUACACAGUAAGAUAUGAUGGCCAUUCAGAUGCGACUGACAAGAUGACUUUGGAGAGGGUUUCUAGGAUGGCUAUUAGGCCUUGUCCUCCUCCAGUGAAAGUUUCAGAUAAUUGGUUUCCUGGUGAUGUUGUAGAGGUAUUUGACAAUUUCUCCUGGAAGAUGGCAACAGUUUUAAAGGUUUUGGGGAAAAAGUACAUUUUGGUUAGGUUGCUUGGUUCAUCUCUGGAAUUCAGAGUCACAAAUUCUUGCAUUCGGUUGAGGCAAUCAUGGCAAAAUGAUAAAUGGGUUGUGAUUGGAAAGGGUUCUGGCAGCUAUGAAGAUUGUAAUUAUGGUGUAAAUUCUACCCCAAAGCACAAUCAGAACUUGAGCUUCCAAUUUCAGAGUACAAACAAAGGGACACAACAAUAUGGAAAUUAUGACUAUCAUCCUAUUGAGAAUGAGGCUUCUAUUAAAACACUGAAGAGAGAAUUCUAUUCUCAAACUGAUACUUUUGCAGCUGGACAGAAGUAUAGAGCAGUUGAGAAAGAUGGCAGAUUGCACAGAGUGAUUGCUGCAAAUCCAUCCUUGCAUAAACAGGUAGAUGCCAUUGCUUUUCCCAGAAAUAUUCAAGUGGGAAAAGACAUACAUGCUUCUCUUAACAACAGAAUAACUGGGUUGUCUAAAGUGGAAGCAGAGAGGAGAAAACCAACUGGUGCCAUUGGAUGUCCUUUGGUAGAAAACAUAGUGUCAGAUGAUGCUGAUAGUGUUACAUGCUCUGUUGGUAGUUGUAGCAUUGGUAGUAACAGUUUCUGUAAGUUGCCUUGUCAUAUUUCAACAGGUCCUAAUGAAAAUAUUGAUGGCCAGUGUAGUGAUGCUGAAUCUUUUUGUCAGUUGAGAGAUGGAGAGGGAAAUUGUCUCCUCCCUACAAAAGAAGAACUGGCAGCUGAAAUCCAUAGGUUAGAGUUGCAUGCCUAUCGUUGCACCAUGGAGGCAUUGCAUGCAUCAGGACCUUUAACUUGGGAACAAGAAGCUUUAGUGACAAAUCUUCGUCUUUCACUACAUAUAUCUAAUGAUGAACAUUUGAUGGAGCUAAGAAACUUAAUCUCUGCUGAUAACAGCAUUCCUAGUAGAUGACAGGAAUCUUGCUGGUUUUUUCUCUCCAUUUUUUCUUUUACUUAGCUAUAGACUGAGAUAAUCAUUUCUUUUAUGGUCAUUCCCCAUUGUAAGAAGCUCGAUAAAAUUUUCUAUCAAAUUCUCUCUUUUUGUUUUACAACACAGAGAUCUACUUUGAAAUGAAUGUAACACCCAAACUGCAAAGCAGUAUAUGAUUUUAGGAAAUCAUUGUGUACGAAUUAUCUGUGUGUGUGUGUGUGUGUGUGUUCCCCUUUAACGUGCUCUAUCAUCUUGCAUCAUAUUGUAAAAUAUAUUUCAAAAAUGCAU